CCGUUAAAAGACUUCAGCGCUGCCCUUGACUGAUCCACGUGAGUCAGUUUAGCUUCCUAUACCCCUAUACUGAGCCGGUAGCUAACUAGCUAAACUAACUAGCUAAAUAAACUCGGCUCGGCUAGGCUCGGCUAACAUGACCAGUAACAGUAAAUAUCUGUUGUUUUUACUUCAGCGGUGUGUCGCAGUAAGAAAGGUAACGUUACCGACAGGUAUCAAUACAAGAUGCAGCAGCGUGUUGUGCGGGUUUCUUCAGCAGCCGACAUGGACAUCAACAACACGGGCAGUCUGUCAACUGCAGUCCGCAGUGAGAACCAGCCGGUACCGCUUCUGUACCAAGGCUGGAGAACCUUGUGAAGAUGAUUACCCACCACUGCCGGCCUAUCAGUCUGACCCAGAACCAGAGAAGAAGGAGGUGUACAUCGUGCAGGUGAAAGGUCUCCCCUGGUCGUGCUCGGCUCAGGACCUCCUGCAGUUCUUCCCAGAGUGUAGGAUCCGUGACGGGGUAAAGGGGAUCCAUCUCACCGUGGACAGGCUGGGGAGGUCAGCGGGACAAGCCUUCAUCGAGAUGGAGCACGAGGAGGACGUCAGCAAAGCUCUGGAGAAGCACCGACACUACCUCGGUCCACGAUAUGUUGAAGUGUAUGAAGUAACGAACAGUGACGCUGAAGCCAUCCUGAAGAAAGCCGUCCAGGCUCCAGCUGAAGACGGGGUGGUACGGCUCAGAGGUCUCCCUUUCUCCUGCACCGAGGCCGACAUUGUCCAGUUUUUUUCAGGUUUGGAUAUAGUGGAGAAUGGGAUCACCGUUGUCACAGACCGCAAAGGCAGAAACUCUGGAGAGGCCUUUGUGCAAUUCUCCUCUCAAGAAGCAGCCGAUGAAGCUCUGCAGAGAGACCGAGAAGUCAUCGGAAAUAGAUACAUCGAGGUGUUUCCCAGCAGAAGUGACCAGAUUAGUUCUAGUUGGAAGAAGAGGACGAGUUCAGCUUCUCAUCACACCAGCACAGCACAGUCCGCGAACAGGAGGAAUGUCUCUGCCUCACAGACCAGAACUGGAUCCGCUCAGAGCUCGGCCUCGCCGCUUCACUACAUCCACAUGAGAGGACUUCCUUUCCAGGUGUCCGGAGAAGACAUUGUUAAGUUUUUCUCUCCUCUAAUUGUGUCGAAGAUUCUGAUUGAAUGCGGUCCUGAAGGGAGGCUGAGCGGAGAAGCCGACGUUUACUUCAGCUGCCACCAAGACGCCUUGACCGCCAUGUCCAGAGACAGGCAGCACAUAGGAGAAAGAUACAUCGAGUUAUUCCUGAACUCUGCCCCAGACUCUGAUGGAAGGAGGUGAAUGCAGACACACAGAUGCCAGACACACACAUACACAGGACUACUGUAUUUAUUUUCCAGCCUGACUUGGACA